AUGACGCCCAGUCCCCCCGAUGAAGCGCUUCACUUUCGCGGAAAGACUCUGACCCCGGAAAGCCCUCGACCCCUACACAUCCCAGAGCCAUCCAAUAUCCCAGUUUUAGAGAACCAAAUGGACCCCGUCUUCAACGAUACCUCCACCUAUGAACGCUCGGUGUAUAAACAGGCCCCGCAAACACACGAUGGAUGGUUGCACGGAGGAUCAAAAGAUGGUCAGGGGGGACCGAGUCAGACCCAAGGUGCUGGUAGUUUUCAUGGCUCGCAGCCGAAUCGUGGGGUGCAGAAUGAAAUGAUUGCUUCUGCAUACUAUUCUCCUCCCAACCCAGCGUCCGGGUCGGAAAACACCGGCCAUCCGAGCUCAGGUCUUUCUCCUCCCGAUCCCACUUAUUCCCACGCUGCUCCGGUUGCUCCGGUAUCCCAAGGCUUUGCCACUGGGAGCGAAGUAGACCCUGCCCACAAACCGGAGCAGUCAAGGAUGUCGGACCGCCUAAUUGCUGAGGAGCGUGUGGGACAUAAGGCGGGAGGUGUCAAUUUCCAGCAACUCCUCGACAACCUUUCUCGCCCCAACCCUGGUGCAACUAUUCCCGUCACUUCUUCGGCUGGGCACUCGUCUCUCCACCAAGCACCCGCUGGCGAGUCCCUCAAAUCCCAGGGCAUCCCCGCCCACCCGAAAGCCCAAAGCCACGAUUCUGUCCAGGCCCAUUAUAUGCCAAAUGGCGAGGUGGCAUAUCACCAAAUUCCGUCUGCCCAUGAUGCCGCUGCCACUGCAUCGCCUGCCUACUCAGCCCAACCUAGUAAUAUCCAAGCCCAAACCCAGCCUCAGCCGAUUGAUACUUCUUCUGGAGGUGCCUCGGUCAAUCUACCUCCUCCUAUUGCCACUUUCCCGCAAGGCCCAUCUACCGGUGCCGAACCUCAUGGCUCCUUGCAAGAGCCUUCUGUAGCCUCCAAGAAAGGCCGUGCUGAAAAGCAGGGUCGGUCGAUCAAACCUGCUGAUGAUGAUUCGCCAUGGGGUCCAGAGAUUCAAAAGAAAUAUGACGAGUUCCUGCACGAUGAGCGGAUCUAUGUGACGGAAGGUCUUUGGGAUCGGUUCCCGGUGGGCUCCAGGCUGUUUGUUGGAAACCUCCCUACCGAAAGAGUCACCAAGCGAGACAUGUUCCAUAUCUUCCAUGAUUACGGCAAACUAGCUCAGAUAUCGAUCAAGCAGGCGUACGGCUUCAUACAGUUUCUGGAGGCGAGUUCUUGCCAUGAGGCUCUCAACAACGAACAGGGAGCCGUCGUGCGGGGCAGGAAGAUACAAAGACCUAACCGUUCUCAGAUCUUGAAAUUUCAAAGCCUCAGCGAUCGACGCGGCCCGCUCAAGCAUCCGAAGAUUCCCGUGCACCGCCACCACGUCGGUCCCGAUCACCGGAGUUCAACCGUGCCCCUCCUGGGCGAACUAACGCCCGGGCCCCCGUCGAUCGAUACGACCGAUCUAAGCCAUAUGAAACAAAUCGGCUUCCAUUCAGCGAUUUCCGGGAUGAGCCCUCUCACCGCAGUCGACGUGACGAUUAUCGCCCGCCGCGCUCGCCUUCCCCGCGACCAUUUCGGGGGUCUAGAGACGGGUAUCGGUCGCGCGAUAGAACCCCAGAAAGAUUUGAUCGCGAUCGCCGCGAGCGAAGGCGCUCCCGCUCUCCACGUUCUUCUCGCUCUCCUUAUUCCAGAGAUCGACGUUACCGCAGCAUCAGCCCCAGGCCACGUGGGAUCUAUGAAGGUGAAGCGGAUUUACCCGUGCCUCGACGAGCUCAGCGAGAUGUACCAGAGGUGCAGCUCCUCGUGCUGGAGGAACUUGAUAGAGAACGCUUUCCGCAACCGUGGAUUACGAGUCGAUGUCCUGGUGCUUGGUCCACGGAUCCCUCUUGGCGCCGCCGUGCAUCGUCAGUUUAUUGAAGGCGUUCUUGCGGUUGUCCGCCUCUCUCGUCCGAAUCAAGUCUCUCGAAAGAUUCCUCUGCAGCUAUUUGAUCGAACCGCUGGAUUAGACAACGUCCGCUUCCUUGGUAAGCGCAUUUGUGUUCGCCUCUUCAUCGACGCCUUGCUCAUCUUUCUUUCCUACAUAGAUUACCCUGAGCUUGAGCCUAAUAUGUCUGCUGAGCUCCUGAGCCACCAAUCCCAAGCGAUGCAGCGAGGAGCAGCCCCAACCGCAUUUGCACCCAACCCUGGUUUCAUUAUCCCUCCAGCACAGCCCAUGUCGGUUCCUCAACCUGGCUUGUCUGCGCUUUCGAAUCCACCCAACAUUGCGAACCUCAUUAGUUCACUGGAUGGCCCUAGCCUUUCAACUCUCUUAUCGGCACUCCAGCGACCGCCCCAUUCGCAACCUGUGUCUGCUACUCAGUCGCCCUUCUCCUCACCAAACCCACCUCCGGCCGACCUCGCCAGUCUCCUGACCAACGCACAUCGGCCUCAACCCAUGCAAACUACCGCACAGCAACCCCUCCCUCACCCACCCUUCAAUCUCCAACCUGUAAAUGCACCCGUCAUCACUGAUCCAACCUUACUCUCGUUCUUGGCCAAAGGACUAGGUGGACAACAGCAGCAGGGCCAGGGACCCGUCGGUGCCCAGGUACAGAACCUGAUGCAGCACCUCGCUAAAUGGAAGCAAUGA